GCGUCUCCAGGGCGAGAUUGGACCACAGAGUCCUUUGACUUCCAAGAGUUUUCUUUUGCUACGAAACCCGUCCAUGAUGUUUCCGUCGGUGGGAUUCACCUUCAAGAGGGAGUUCAGCGCCCACUAUCGCAGUCUGCAACACGACCGGCCUCAGGAUUUUGUCACUAGUCAGUGGCAGGGCAAGGGAUCGAAGCACUGCAUUUGCACCUACUUGCUCUACAAAUGCUUCAUCGCCGUCUACUUGGUCAGCAUGCUUGUGCUAGACCUGAUGGACUUGGGUUCUAUCGGAUCGGCAGACAGGACGGCGCGCAUUGCCAAGUGGCCCGUGCAUCUGACCAGUUGGAAUUCGGCGGUGCUCACCCUCCAAGCGGUGCUCUCCGCUAUUCUCGUCUCGAAAUUUCAUCUCAGCCUCACUAACUUUGCCUCGUGCUCCGAAAUGACGCGGCUGCACAAGACCUACUGGGUGGUGCACAACAUUGCCAACGCGCUCUCACCUGCAGUCUCUCUUCUCUACUGGGCCGCUGUCUACAAAUCAGAUAUGCACCAAAUCAACCUGUUCAACAUCCACAAACACCUUUUGAACACGAUAAUCAUAGUGGUGGACUUGCUGGUCAACAGCCACCCCAUUCGCAUCCUCCACGUGUAUCAACCGGUGAUUCUUGGCGCCUCAUACGGCGCCUUCGCGUGGAUCUACUAUUUAUGCGGCGGCACUAAUCGCGAAAACCAGACCAAAAUCUACCCCGUCCUCGACUGGGAAACGCCGCACGUAGGUAUUCUGGCGUCGGCGGGCGCCUGUGCCCUCCUGGUGGUGAUUCACACCCUUUUGUGGGUCAUUCACUUGGCCAGGGUGCGGCUGGCGAAACUGAUUUUCUCGACGCAGACGGACCUCCAAAUGACCGAGACUCCGCAAACGGCUUGAAAUGUGACUGAUUUUUUUUUCGCAACUACUCGAACUAUAUCGAUUUUGUUCAUUUGGUUCCCAGACGACGGCAAACACGCAGCUGCUGUGAUCCAUUUUAACUUGUUACUGCCUAUUUGAAUUCUAUUAAAGCGCAAUUGGUCCAACUGAACAGAGCGACGAGCUUGAGGAAUAUCAAUUCAGCUCAAAGUUUCCGUUUGACCUUCUAUCACCAACCGCAGAAAUAACUUGGGAAUAUUUAUAAAAUUUAUAACAGUAUGAAAUUAAUGUUAGAUUUUUUUAUACACUAAAUUUAUUAAAAAACUUUGUUUCGCACAAAAAAUAUUUGCUCUAGAUAAAAAAAUUAAUUUAUUAGAUUUGGGAAAAUUGUUUUGUAAAGGAAUUUGAACCAGAUUUAAAUUAAUUUUUUAAAUUUUUUUGCAUUUUUAACCCAUGAAAUUUGAAAUUUUUG